GUGUUGGUGAGCUCGACAGUGAAAAGCCGGCUUCCCAAAAGCAUAUCCCAGGAACAUUCCAUAAAGCGCGGUGGGAUUAAUGUAUAUUGUGUCAAAAAGAGUUUGACUCGAGACCGGGUGAAUUACACCUGGAACAGAGGUGGGCGAUUAAAGGAACUUCGCAUAAGGCACCUUGCGAGAAAAUUUCUGCAUUUGUGGAUACAGAAGACAUUUGGGAGAAUCCUUCCAUCCCAAGCUAGGUCCCAUUACUGUCAUGCCACAUUGCAAAAAGCAUUUCGCGAAUGGAAGGAGCAGUGGUGGACUGUGCGAAUAGAAUGGAAACUGACGGUUCGUGCAGACUGUCACUAUAGAUAUCAUACAUACAAUCAGACAUGGAGAGCCUGGCACAUGUACAUCCUUCAGCAGCAAAUGAAGAAAACAAAAUUUGCAAAGGCGAUUUCACACGCUCGUACACAGUUGUUUCGGAAGUUCUGGAUCCACUGGACAUUGUACGUACAGAUCCGGAAAACCAAACGCAUGAUGCAGUUUGAGGCUGAUGAGUUCCGUGUGAAAGCAACUCUUCAGGCUGCCUGGUCCAUUUGGACCAAACAACUGGGGAGGAAAGAAAGAAAUCGCAAAAUGGAUGGCUUGGCAAUGCAGCAUUGGGCCAAAACCUUGCAGCACAGGGCUUGGCUUCAGUGGAAUGCAUUGUUGCAUUUGUUGCAGCAAGAGCGAGAGAGGGAUGGCCGAGCGCAGCAAAUAUACCAGCACCGUUGCAUGCAGCGAUCACUGCUGGCCUGGCGUGUAUAUGUCCAAGUUUGUAGGGAUAAGAGGUGUCAAUACAGAUUGGCUGGACAGAAGUAUGAGCAUUGUGUUGUUCAGCGAUACUUCUCCUCAUGGCAUUCGGCCUGGUGUCUUCAAAGGAGCAUCCGUGCACAACAUGAUCACCUCAGUGAACUGGGCAGGAGGAGCACUUUGCGGAGGGCCUUUACCCACUGGAGUCUCUACAUUUCACUCGCUGUGGAAAAGACCAACUUGUGCAAAUUGGCAGAUGAACACUACCACCACCAUCUGCUGCAAUCAAGUAUUACAGCUCUGAGGUUCAAUGUGAGAAGUGUUCGACAGAAACAGAUGUUGAAUAAUCUGGCACACCGACAGGUUCAUGUUUGG